AAAAGUUAUCAAAUGUUUAGUUUAGAAAUUAUUUUAAAUGUUUUGGUGCCUGGAUCAACCUAUCGCAUCUUUAUAAAAAUAUAAAAAUUUAGUUAAAAACUUUCCAUCUACUGUAUUAUAUAUCAUCUUUUGUCGACGACAUAAUUUUUCAAUUGCAUUUCAUUUGGUUCAAUGGUUGUUGUAGUUGGGCCACACACAACAAGUGAGACAUGCGUUAUUUUAGAGGAUGGAAAAGAGCAGAGCUUCAUUGGCAAAUGCAAUUGCUGUAAAUUUGCAGUACUUUCAUCAUUACUUCUUCGGUAAUGGUGGUUCUUUUAAAUUGGCAUAAUUUUUUUUAUGAAAUUGAAAACCUAAAAUGCUUUGAAUUUGGAUAUUGUACAUGGAAUGGCUGGUCUACAAGAGAACAAACUACCAGCAGACACUAUAGUGCCACCAAGAAGACCGGGAUAUGGUACAAAAGGACGUGAAAUUGAGCUUCAAGCCAACUUUUUCGAGUUAUGUUUACCUAAAGGUGACAUGCACCAUUAUGAUGUUGCCAUUAUACCAGAUAAAUGUCCCAGAGUUGUGAAUCAUGCUGUUGUUCAAGCAAUGGUUGAAAAAUAUAACAGAAUGUUUGGUGGUCAGAAACCAGUCUUUGAUGGUAGAAAGAACUUGUAUAGUCGUAGUCCAUUGCCAUUUGAUAAAGAAAAAAAGGAAUUCAUUGUUACCAUUCCUGGUGAGAAUGAUCAAGAAAGGCAUUUCAAGGUUACAAUAAAAUGGGUGACUUUUGUCAGUAUGUUUGUAUUGGAAGAAGCUUUGAAAGGUCGUUUGAAAAUGAUUCCAUUUGACUCCAUACAAGCUCUUGAUGUUGUUCUGCGAUAUUUCUUAUCUUCUCAGUAUAUUUCUGUUGGCCGUUCAUUUUUCUCUCCACCAGUUACAAAUUUGAAUUCUUCUAACUUGGAAUGUGGUCGGGAAGUUUGGUUUGGCUUUCAUCAGAGUGUCAGACCUUCACAAUGGAAAAUGUUGGUGAAUAUUGAUUCAUCUGCCACUGCAUUCCACAAAGCAAUAUCAGUCGUCAACUUUUUCUUGGAAAUAACUGGUAUUAAUUCACAGCGAUUGUUAAAUCCACUUUACAUUGUUCAUGAAGAGGAUCGCAACAAAUUCACAAAAGAAAUAAAAGGUUUGAAGGUUCAAAUAAAUCAUUGUGGAGAAGUACGACGAAAAUACAGAGUAUUUACGGUGACUCGUGAACCUGCAAACAAGCUCACUUUUCCUAUGACACUUGACAACAAAGUCACCCAAGAGAUCACUGUGGAAAAAUAUUUUUAUGAAAAAUAUAAGAUUAAUUUAAUAUACGGACAUCUUCCAUGUCUUCAAGUUGGUCAGCCUUAUAAACAAACCUUCCUACCUUUUGAAGUGUGUUCUAUUGUUCCUGGUCAGAGAUGUACAAAGAAACUGACUGACAAACAGACAACGAAGAUGAUUAAAUGUACCGCAAAACCUGCUCCAGACAGACAACAAGAAAUACUUGGCCUGAUGAAUCAAGCAAAUUUUUCAAACGAUGAGCAUUGUCGAGAAUUUGGUAUAACCGUUCAUCAACGCAUGGUAUCAGUGACUGGUCGUAUUUUACCUCCACCGAAGUUGGUGUUUGGUGGACAGGAAAAAGUUAGAGAGGUUCCUCGAAACGGUGUUUGGAUGAUGAAGGGAAAACAAUUAUUUCAUGGUGUAGAAGUUAAGGAAUGGGCUUUGAUAUGUUUUGCUCCUCCAAGAAAAUGUAACGAAGAUCACAUGCGAAAUUUUACGCAGAAACUUGUGAGAAGUGGAAAUGAGUCAGGAAUGCCCAUUGCUUAUCAACCAUGUUUUAUGCGAUAUGCUAGACAUGAGAAAGAUGUUGGACAAUUGUUUACAUUUAUCAAAUCUUCUUUCAAAGACAUACAGUUGAUUAUUGUCAUUCUAAAUGGUAAAAGCAUGGUAUACGCUGAGGUAAAACGUAUCGGUGACACAUUCAUUGGUGUUGCAACACAAUGUCUUCAGUUGAAAAAUGUUUUGAACACAAGUGGACAAACAUUGGCAAAUCUUUGUUUGAAAAUUAACGUGAAACUUGGUGGAAUAAAUACGAUAUUGGCUCCUGAGAUCAGACCUCCAUUUUUUAAACAACCCGUCAUAUUCUUCGGUGCUGACGUCACCCAUCCGACAGCCGGUGACGAGAAAAAACCUUCAAUCGCUGCAGUUGUUGGUAGCAUGGAUGCACAUCCAAGCAGAUAUAGUGCAUCUGUUCGAGUUCAAAAUCACAGACAGGAAAUCAUUGGUGAGCUAUCGUCAAUGGUUCGUGAAUUAUUGAUUCAAUUUUAUCAAGCCACAAAUCAUAAACCAUGUCGGAUUAUUUUUUAUCGUGAUGGUGUCAGUGAAGGACAAUUUGAUCAAGUUUUAUCACACGAGUUGAAGGCAGUCCGAGAGGCUUGUUUGAAAUUGGAGUCUGGGUACAAGCCAGGAAUAACAUUUAUUAUUGUUCAAAAACGUCAUCAUACUAGAUUGUUUUGCGUUAAGAAAGAAGAUCAGUGUGGUCGUAGUGACAACAUUCCCCCCGGGACUAUGGUUGAUGUUGGUAUCACUCACCCUACUGAGUUUGAUUUUUAUCUUUGCAGUCAUUUUGGAGUGCAGGGUACAAGUCGACCAUCACAUUAUCAUGUACUAUGGGACGAUAAUAACUUUACAGCUGAUGAUAUUCAGUCGUUGACAUAUCAGUUGUGUCAUACGUAUGUACGUUGUUCUCGAUCCGUUUCAAUUCCAGCUCCUGCAUUUUAUGCUCACUUAGUCGCUUUUCGUGCAAGAUAUCAUUUACAAGAAAAAGAUUCCGCAUGUUCAGCCGAAACAAAGAGGGAAUUUUCUGCCGAAUUUCAAGCACAUGCUGUUCAAGUCCAUCGAAACUCUUUAAAGUAUAUGUAUUUUGCUUAAAACCAAGUUUGGUUUUGGUCAACAAAAAUUUUUUCUUAAAUGAAUUUUUUUAAAUAAGUUUUUAAAACAGGUAAAAUAUCAUAAGUACGAAUUGUAUAAAUUAAAUAACGAAUUGCUAGUCUUAGAAAAAAAUGCCAUUUUCAAAUAAUGGUAGUCGAGGUUAUUCUUUACCUGGAGAAAAUUUUAAACUCCAACUGUAAAAGUCAUCUUAUGAACUUGGUGUACAACAAUUUAUAAAAUUCAAGACGUGAAAUAUUUUAAUAAGUCAUAUUUCGACUCUA